UGGCCACAGUCAGUACAUCAGAUGGUAGGGUGAGCUCGUGGGUGUGUUUAUGUUGGUAGGCGUAAUUGGAUGUCUCACUCUUUUCUCUUGUUCUCAGUGACAGUUACUCUUUACGGUGACGAAAAUGAUGACCGGCACAAUCUCAGGUAACAGGUGUAAGAGACAGACAAUUAAGUUCCCAUCUCCACCUGACGACCAGAGCGACGAUGACAUUAUCUAUGUGCAGUAGGUGAGUAUCUCAAAGUCAUGGGUGGUGACCUGUGUGACACCCUACAUAAGUCACGAGCCACAGGUGUAAAAUUGUCUAACCCUCAAGCUCGCCACUUAACCAACAGACAACAGCCAAAGGACACAAAUGCUGCGGUGGAUGACCAUCGCCUUUGUUGGAUGACAGUCAGCUUGGCGUGCAGUUGCAAGAAACAUCGGGGUAGGCACUACUGCAUGGAGGAUGUCGUAUUUCUCGGCAAAGCUGUUGCUGAGUAUCAGGAGAAUUCGGAGUCUUGGAACGAAACGGAGGGGUACGACCCCUGGGGAAUGAGGAUCUACACUUUUGAAGUCGACACAAUCUUCUGGUCGAAGGGGAGUACGGAUGCAAUGACAACGGUUAAUAUCACUACUGAAAUUGAUUCUGGCUUGUGUGGCGAAGAAUUUGAUUUGAACACAGAUUACGUCAUUGCUGCCUCAGACGAGUCUGGAAAACUAACGACUCACUUGUGUUCAGGAAACAGAAAUUGGGAUGAACUCAAAGAACGGCGGAAAAAGUUUUUCACGAGCGGCCUGACAAAGCUAUGUGCUCAUAAAACUUCUAAGACAAAAUUCUGAUUUAUUCGUAAACUUUUUUCCAUAAGCACAAUUAUUUCUUCAGGUGUUGUGUCAAAGUUUAGUUAAGCAGCCAUGCAAUAAGAAACUCCACAAAUGAUAUCACUGAAAUAUUUUAAACACUAAGUUAUCCCAACAUUUCUCAAAAUCUUUCAAUGUAUAAUUGCUUCCAUUCAAAUAAACUGUUCCUCAAAUACUGAUCUGACAAGACAUACUACUUUGACAUGUAGAUAUAUACAGAUCAUCUCUAGCUACUUUCUGUACAGGUGUUCUGAGGAAGUCAACCACUUUUUAACCCCAUGCCUGCCUUCCUUGCCAUGAUUUCAUUCAAUAAUACUAUAAUAUUAUAGUAUACAAUAUUAUCCAUGUGUAUUAAAUGGUGUACUGAAUAAAAAUGUGAAGCUGGAA